UUCCUCUGCCGGAUGCAAUUGACUAAUCCAAACUUCUUUUACUUGAUGGAUUUUAGUGACGAAGGUCACUUGAGGAAUGCAUUCUGGGUUGAUGCUAGGUCCAGGGCUGCAUGUGGUUAUUUUGGUGAUGUUAUUUAUUUUGACAACUCUUAUUUGUCAAACAAAUUCGAAAUCCCUCUUGUGACUUUUGUUGGAAUAAAUCACCAUGGUCAAUCAGUGUUAUUAGGAUGUGGUCUGCUUUCAAGUGAAACAACAGAGUCUUAUAUAUGGUUGUUUAGGACAUGGGUUAAAUGUAUGUCAGGAUGUUCUCCCCAAACUAUUAUUACUGAUAGGUGCAAGGCUUUGCAGAGUGCAAUUGUAGAAGUUUUUCCUAGAUCUCAUCAUUGUUUUGGCUUGUCAUUAAUUAUGAAAAAAGUUCCAGAAAAAUUGGGAGGGUUGCACAACUAUGAUGCAAUUAGGAAAUCACUGAUCAAAGCAGUUUAUGAGACAUUGAAAGUAAUUGAGUUUGAAGCAGCCUGGGGAUUUAUGAUUCAGCGUUUUGGAGUUAGUGAUCAUGAGUGGCUUCGUUCUCUGUAUGAAGAUCGAGUUCGUUGGGCUCCAGUGUAUUUGAAGGACAAAUUUUUUGCUGGAAUGUCUGCAGCUCACCCUGGUGAGAGCAUUAGUCCUUUUUUUGAUAGAUAUGUGCACAAACAGACUCCUCUGAAGGAGUUUCUUGAUAAGUAUGAAUUAGCUCUUCACAAGAAGCACAAGGAAGAAUCUUUCGCAGAUAUUGAAUCAAGGAGCUCAAGCCCCUUGCUGAAAACCAGAUGUUCCUUUGAAUUUCAGCUCUCUAGAUUGUACACAAGAGAAAUGUUCAUGAAAUUCCAGUUAGAAGUGGAAGAAGUGUAUUCUUGUUUUGGUACAACACAAUUACAUGUGGAUGGCUCCAUCAUAAUUUUCUUGGUUAAGGAGCGUGUUUUGGUUGAGGGAAACAGACGCGAGAUUAGGGAUUUUGAAGUUUUGUACAGUAGGACGGCUGGUGAAGUUCGUUGCAUCUGUAAUUGCUUUAAUUUUUAUGGAUAUCUAUGUCGCCAUGCACUUUGCGUACUCAAUUUUAAUGGGGUUGAAGAGAUACCUCACAAAUACAUUCUUUCACGAUGGAAGAAAGAUUACAAGCGUCUUUAUGUUCCUGAUCACAGCACUAGUAGUGUUGAUGAUACUGACUGCAGUCAAUGGUCUAAUCAGUUAUUUAGAAGUGCCUUACAAGUUGUGGAGGAGGGUAUACUUUCUCUAGACCAUUACAAUGUAGCGUUACAGUCUUUAGAAGAAUCACUGAGUAAGGUUCAUGAUGUAGAACAGAGACAGGAAUGUGAUAGCGCUUGCUACUUUCUGGGACAUUCGGAAAAUCUAUCACUUAUUGAGAUGGAAGAGACCUCUCUUUGCUGCGAACAAUUGCCAGAUGGAUGCAUUGAGGUUCAGAAAGAGGAAGACGGUGUGCUGAUUGAAUUGGAUUGUCAAAAUGGUUUUCCUGAAGGAAGAAAGGAGUUUGUUGCACCUGCUGUUGGAAUGGAGUUUGAGUCGUAUGAUGAUGCUUACAAUUACUACAUCUGCUAUGCCAAGGAAGUGGGGUUUCGAGUAAGGGUGAAGAAUUCGUGGUUCAAGCGGAAUAGCCGAGAAAAAUAUGGUGCUGUGCUUUGUUGUAGCAGUCAGGGUUUCAAAAGAAUAAAGGAUGUUAAUCAUUUGAGGAAGGAGACAAGAACUGGUUGUCCUGCGAUGAUAAGGAUGCGGUUGGUGGAGUCUCAGAGAUGGAGGGUACUUGAGGUUAUGCUUGAACAUAAUCACAUGUUAGGUGCUAAGGUACACAAAUCGGUUAAGAAGAUGGGAACUGGGACAAAGAGGAAGUCAUUGCCUAGUUCUGAUGCUGAGGGGCAAACAAUUAAGUUGUAUCGUGCACUUGUGAUUGAUGCAGGAGGUAAUGGAAAUUCAAACUCCAGUGCAAGAGAGGACAGAGCAUUCUCUGAAUUUUCUAAUAAGUUGAACCUUAGGAGGGGUGACACACAGGCCAUUUAUAAUUUCCUCUGCCGGAUGCAAUUGACUAAUCCAAACUUCUUUUACUUGAUGGAUUUUAGUGACGAAGGUCACUUGAGGAAUGCAUUCUGGGUUGAUGCUAGGUCCAGGGCUGCAUGUGGUUAUUUUGGUGAUGUUAUUUAUUUUGACAACUCUUAUUUGUCAAACAAAUUCGAAAUCCCUCUUGUGACUUUUGUUGGAAUAAAUCACCAUGGUCAAUCAGUGUUAUUAGGAUGUGGUCUGCUUUCAAGUGAAACAACAGAGUCUUAUAUAUGGUUGUUUAGGACAUGGGUUAAAUGUAUGUCAGGAUGUUCUCCCCAAACUAUUAUUACUGAUAGGUGCAAGGCUUUGCAGAGUGCAAUUGUAGAAGUUUUUCCUAGAUCUCAUCAUUGUUUUGGCUUGUCAUUAAUUAUGAAAAAAGUUCCAGAAAAAUUGGGAGGGUUGCACAACUAUGAUGCAAUUAGGAAAUCACUGAUCAAAGCAGUUUAUGAGACAUUGAAAGUAAUUGAGUUUGAAGCAGCCUGGGGAUUUAUGAUUCAGCGUUUUGGAGUUAGUGAUCAUGAGUGGCUUCGUUCUCUGUAUGAAGAUCGAGUUCGUUGGGCUCCAGUGUAUUUGAAGGACAAAUUUUUUGCUGGAAUGUCUGCAGCUCACCCUGGUGAGAGCAUUAGUCCUUUUUUUGAUAGAUAUGUGCACAAACAGACUCCUCUGAAGGAGUUUCUUGAUAAGUAUGAAUUAGCUCUUCACAAGAAGCACAAGGAAGAAUCUUUCGCAGAUAUUGAAUCAAGGAGCUCAAGCCCCUUGCUGAAAACCAGAUGUUCCUUUGAAUUUCAGCUCUCUAGAUUGUACACAAGAGAAAUGUUCAUGAAAUUCCAGUUAGAAGUGGAAGAAGUGUAUUCUUGUUUUGGUACAACACAAUUACAUGUGGAUGGCUCCAUCAUAAUUUUCUUGGUUAAGGAGCGUGUUUUGGUUGAGGGAAACAGACGCGAGAUUAGGGAUUUUGAAGUUUUGUACAGUAGGACGGCUGGUGAAGUUCGUUGCAUCUGUAAUUGCUUUAAUUUUUAUGGAUAUCUAUGUCGCCAUGCACUUUGCGUACUCAAUUUUAAUGGGGUUGAAGAGAUACCUCACAAAUACAUUCUUUCACGAUGGAAGAAAGAUUACAAGCGUCUUUAUGUUCCUGAUCACAGCACUAGUAGUGUUGAUGAUACUGACUGCAGUCAAUGGUCUAAUCAGUUAUUUAGAAGUGCCUUACAAGUUGUGGAGGAGGGUAUACUUUCUCUAGACCAUUACAAUGUAGCGUUACAGUCUUUAGAAGAAUCACUGAGUAAGGUUCAUGAUGUAGAACAGAGACAGGAGUAACCUUCAAUGUACCCUAAAAAAAAUUACUGUUAGUGUACGUUACUUUGUAUAUUUCUACCUCUGCUUCUUAGCGCUGUUUAACUUUGGUCUUUUAACAAUGUCCAUAACUUGUACAGCUAAAUAUAUUUUUGAGUUAAGCCAUAA